AUGAUAUCAUCAAAUCCGGCGGCCGAUCCUGACCGACUCUCGACGAGGAUGAAAAAGAGGAAGAAAACGCACAAUCAGACCCAAAACAGAUCGGAAACCGUCAAUCCCGAGGCGAAUCCACGGAUCGAGUGGAAAUCGGACGCCCAGGAGCGAAUCUACUUGGCCAAGCUCCACCGUGUGCUGCAGCAGGCACGGCGGGAGGGCGGACCGCGGGCCGCCUCUUAUCGGCGAGUGCACGAGGCGGCGAAUCGAGUGCUGGCAGUGACUGCGAGGGGACGGUCGAGGUGGAGCCGGACGGUCCUCACGAGCCGACUCACAGUGAAGUUUGCGAAGAAGAUGAGCACGGAGAGACGGCAGCGCCGGGUGAUGACGGUGAUCACUGGCGGCAGCGGCAGCAUCCAGAGGAACUCUAAAGGAAUCCCAGCGUUUCAGAGUAAAGUCGGCGUUCUCGGGCGGCUGGUUCCCGGUUGUGGGAAGCAGUCGCUGCCGGUGGUUUUGGAGGAGGCGGCAGAUUACAUAGCCGCGCUCGAGAUGCAGGUAGAUUGA